GCUGCUGAUGCUUAGCGGCGUGGGUCCUAUGGCUCAUCUUGUGGCUCACGGGAUUAAACCGGUGGUCUUAGACCAUCCAAUGGUCGGGCAAGGGAUGGGAGAUAAUCCGAUGAAUGCCAUCUUUAUUCCUUCUCCUACUCCCGUAGAAGUUUCUCUAAUACAAGUCGUUGGGAUCACAAAGUUUGAUAGCUACAUCGAAGGAGCUAGUGGUGUAAUCCUCUCUUAUAGUUGGACUCGUAAUUUUUUCGAUGGCGUUUUGAAUUAUUUUAACGAGGUAUAAUAAACAUAACUUUAUUAAACGUUAUUACAACUUUAUUAUUUACUAAUGAAAUAACUAUAUGCUAAUGUUUUUUUACCUUGUUUUGUUUUGAUUGGGUAAGAUGCAGACAAGCCGUACUACCACUUCCACAUCACUCUCGACUCAGUCCAUCACCGACUUUUUCAAAUCCAUAAAUCCAUUAUUAAAUGCAACCAUAAAAGCUGGUUUAAUCCUCCAGAAAGUCGCGGGACCAGUCUCUAGAGAUCACUUGGAGCUAAGGAACAUAAACCCAAAUGAUAAUCCUUCAGUGAGAUUUAAUUACUAUCAGGAGCCAGAGGAUCUAGAGAAAUGUGUUGAAGGGAUUGCAACUAUCAUUAAAGUGAUUAACUCGAAGGCAUUUUCCAAAUUCAAGUACCCGGAAGCGACCAUACAUGGCUUGCUCGAUAUAAUACGGAGCGUUCCAACUAAUCUGAGACCGAGGCAUGUAACCUCGGUGCUUAAUUUAAAACAGUUUUGCAUCGACACUGUGAUGACUAUUUGGCAUUACCACGGAGGUUGCCAAGUUGGAAGAGUGGUAGACAAGAAUUACAAAGUUUUAGGUAUUGAUGGUUUAAGGGUUAUCGAUGGAUCAACAUUUCUCAAGUCUCCGGGGACGAAUGCUCAAGCUACGAUUAUGAUGCUUGGAAGGUAUAUGGGACAAAAGAUUCUUCGAGAGAGGGAGGUUUUCCGCAAAAGGAACGAAGAAACAUGAGAUAUUACUUUUUGAGAUAUAUGCUAAAAGAAUCAUGGACUUGAAUUAUUUUAAUCAAUGUAUGCUGAGCUAAAAUAGUCUGAACGUGUACAUCAAUCCAUGUUCUGUUUCUAUUAUGUAUAAUAAUGGUGGAAUCUUUGAAAUUCA